GCAGCAAGACGGCGCUUGCGCGUGUUUACUAAGCGGCUGUGUUGGUGUGUGAGCCCGGGCGUAUGCGGCGGCUUGCGAUAUGUCUCCUCUGCGGGCUCCCUGGUUCCGGAAAGUCGACUUUAGCGCGGUCUCUGGAAAAACACUGGCUCAGCGAGUCGGUUUUUGUUAUCACGUACGAUGACGUAAUCACGGCUGACUCGUUUGCAGAGGGGCCCCGCAGAGCCCUCGGCGAGUCUCGCGAGAUUUCUAGCUUGUCGGCGGAACCCGAGAGAGACGAGACUUCUGUCUGGAAGCAGCACCGUCAGCACAUCUUAGGCUACCUCGAGCAUCUUAUUGUGGCCGUUCUUAACUCUUCUGGUUUAGUAUGUCCCGAAAGUAGAUCAGAGGAAACGUGGCAUCGGUUCGUUGAUUGUCUGGCACGUCAAGGCUUAGUAUCUCCUGCAAGGUUGGAUGAUGGUUCUCCGUGCCACAUUACAAAUAUCCCCGAAAACAAUGCUACUUGCCUUGUGCUGGAUGAUAAUUUUUAUUACCAGAGUAUGCGGUAUGAAGUUUAUCAACUGGCGUGCAAAUAUUCAUUAGGUUUCUGCCAGAUCUACUUACAGUGUCCUGUAGAGUGCUGCCUGAUGAGGAAUAGAAGCAGAGCUGUUCCUGUGCCAGACCAAACCAUUUGGCUUAUGGAGAAAAAAAUGGAGAUUCCAAAUCCAAGGAAAAACACAUGGGAGCAAAACAGCUUGGUCCUUGACAGCUCGGCUCUGACGGAAGAGAAUCCAGGAAUUUCUGACCUGCUGAAAGAAGCUGUUGAAAACCCUUUAAGGCCACUACAAGAAGACUCUAAGGACAAGGACAAGGACCGAGCUGUCUGCGCAGCCAACAUUCUCCAUCAGGCAGACCAGAGUCUUCGAAGAUCGAUUUCCGAGACCAUGCAGUCAGUGAAAGGCACAAUUUCUGUGCAGGAAAUGAAGCUCGUAGCACAGGAGCUGCACGGUGCAAAAUCCAGACUUCUGGAGCAACUGAAGCAAAGUAUGUCACAAAAGGAACUGCUGGCAUUUGGGGCACACACAGCUAACGAUACACUUUUCUUGUUUAAAGAACAGACAGAACACAUUGUAUAUCCAUAUUUGUGUAAAGCCACAUGAAUUGUUCAACGAUCCACAACACUGUUAUGUGUUCCAAGGCAUUCCCUCUCCGUACCUGGGUUUAAGUAGAUAAAGCAGUAAGGUGGGAAAUGAAUAGAGUAACAGCGUCUAUAAAGGAUACUAUUUAAAACAUACAUUUAUCUGUGAAAAGCUGCACAUAUCUUAAACGCACUUUUACAUUUUAAUGUUUAAGAGUAAAAGUUAUAUUUUUUGAUGGCGUUCCUUUA